AUGGAGUCCACUACUCCAUCAUCGGAGGAAGACCUGAUAAGUCAGCUGCCUAGCGACGUCCUAGUUUCGAUCCUGGAGAAGCUCUCCCUCCGUGCCGCCGUCCGUGCCGGAGUCCUCUCCCGGCGAUGGCGGUGUCUUCCAGCUCAGUUGCCGAGGCUUGUCCUGGAUAUCGCCAAAUUCCUCCCACGCAAUGAUCCUGCUGCUGCGGCGGUGGAGGUGGAGAACGCUGACCCUGACGGCGAAGAGGAUGGCGACGCGGCGCACGGGCCUGCCGCCGUCGAUGAUCCUAACGACGACGACGACGACGACCUCUACGACGCCGGAGAUGAGAUGGCUAACGCGGCGACGGCGCUGCUGGCAUCCUCCUGGAGGCCUCCACUUGACGCCGCCGCCGUCCACAAUACAGUGGCCAUGAGAUUCUACCUGAGGCACAAUUACAUGGAGCUGGGACGACUGCUCGAUGACGCCGUGGCCAGCGGCAGGGUGCGCAAGGUCUCGCUGACGAUCACGACGACGUAUCCCAUGUUUGAAGACGAUCGCGACAGCGAGAGCAUUCAUCGCACUCUGGUUGGUUACGGCCGGCGCUUCAAGGCUCUCUUGGACGCUUGCCCGGCGAUUUUCGGACCUCAUCUGACAGAGCUUACCCUAGAGAAGAUGAGACACGGUGGUCCUGACUUAUUGGACGGCGGCAUCCUCGCUACCUGCACAAGACUGGAGAAGCUGACCUUGGAGAACUUUGGGCCCGAGCGCGGUUGGCUGUGGCGUGUGCGCCAUGCGUGGCUUAAACACAUCAAGGUCAUAUUGUGCUUCCCUAGCGCCAUCCAGCUCCUAUGGCUUCCCAGACUGGAGAGUUUCACUUUGAGAGGUUGGUUCUGGACAACAGACAAGCUUGUAUCCUUGGGUCAUGUACCACGACUCACUACAAUGACCCUAACCGGUGACAUCGUCGUUGACGAGACCGUCAGGUUAAGCCGCAUCCUUGCCAACAGCACUGCCCUCACCGAUCUACGCCUCAAUUUCAGUGGCAGUAAUAUUUGGGUUCGACCAGAAACCUCAAGACGCUUGACAGAUGCGUUUAGCAAGCUCAAGAAUCUAAAGCUCAAGAAUGUCAACCGGGAGUGUGGCCUUGCUUGGACUAUGUUCCUCCUCCAAUCUGCACCACACUUACAGGAACUCUACAUCAAGCUCAUGGAACAUAACUGCUGUGGUUUGGCCGGCAGGAAGAAUGUGCCAUGGGAAGUCGACUCCAGUUUCAAGCACUAUAAUCUGGUCAGGGUCACAAUUGCUCGGUUUUACAGCACCCAAGAGACAAUCGUGGCAUUCACACGCCGUCUGAUACAGGCAGCGGUUAACUUGGAGGAGAUAUGCUUUUGUGAAAACGCAGAGUCGCUUUGUUCCUACUGUGAUCUUCCUGAUCCGGACGCUGGAGCAAAGUUCCCGCGAACUGACCAAGAAAGAGAUUCUUUUACCAAGAGAAUCAUCACAGACGACGACGGUCGAUCAACUACUGCCGUCAAAAUACAUAUCCGAUCCUAA